CGGAAAGACGCAGUCCGGCUGACUGCAUUCCUGGCUAAUUCCUAGCACCUGCUAGCGGUCAAAGGCGCCAGGCAGCUAUGUCGGAGAUCCUGUGCCAGUGGCUCAACCAGGAGUUGAAGGUGUCCCGGACCGUGAGUCCCAAGUCAUUUGCAAAGGCAUUUUCUAAUGGCUAUCUAAUUGGAGAAGUUCUGUGCAAGUUUGAACUUCAGAGUGAUUUUUCAGAAUUUUCAGAGAGCAGGGGUUCAACUGCCAAACUGAACAAUUUCUCCCGCUUGGAACCAACACUUCACCUACUGGGUGUGCAGUUCGAUCAGAAUGUGGCCCAGAACAUCAUCACAGAGAAGCCGGGGGCAGCGACCAAGCUUCUGUAUCAAUUGUACAUUGCUCUGCAGAAAAAGAAGAAAACUGGGCUGACUGGAUUAGAAAUACAAACCAUGCAACCCCAGACAAAUUUAAGGCUUCAAGCACUCAAAAGUGAGGCUUUUCGAGAGCAACGUUUAAACAGAAGACGACAAAAUGAGAUAAUGGCCAAAAUCCAAGCAGCCAUUAUACAGAUCCCUAAGCCUGAACCAAAUCGAACUCUGAAAGCACUGGAGGCUCAAAAAAUGAUGAAAAAGAAAAAAGAGGCAGAGGAUGUAGCUAAUGAGAUCAAGAAAUUUGAAGCACUAAUAAAAAAGGAUCUCCAAGCCAAAGAAAGUACAUCCAAGACUUCUAUAGAAACAACAGACCAGACAGCUGCCGAUUUGUUAAACACUUAUUCAGAUGACGACUACAUUAAAAAAAUCCAGAAACGUCUAGAAGAAGAUGCUAUUGCACGUGAGCAAAGGGAAAAAAGACGGCGGAGGCUGUUGAUGGACCAGUUAAUAGCCCAUGAAGCACAGGAGGAGGCCUAUCGGGAAGAGCAGCUGAUUCACCGGCUGAUGCGUCAGUCGCAACAGGAGCGCAGGAUUGCCGUGCAGCUCAUGCAUGUUCGACACGAAAAGGAAGUUUUGUGGCAAAAUAGAAUUUUCAGAGAGAAGCAAUACGAAGAAAGACGACUUAAGGAUUUUCAGGAUGCUCUUGAUCGAGAAGCGGCUCUUGCCAAACAAGCCAAGAUUGAUUUUGCAGAACAAACUUUGAGGGAAAAGGAAACUCAUGAAAAGAUCGCCGUUGAAAGAGCUCAAGCACGCUUUGAGAAGCAUUAUGGGAUAUGUGCAGAAGUUUUGGAUCAAAUACUUGAUUUAUGCACUAAAGUGGCAGACUAUCGGUUGCUGACAAAUAAUCUUAUUCCACAUAAGAUGAUGCAUGAUUGGAAAGAACUCUUUUUUAGUGGAAAUCCUAUCUAUGAACAGGUGUCUCUCAAACAUGGGCUUACAGAGCCUACUGAGGAGUAUCAUAUAGAGCUGGAGAAAAGGAACUUGCUUGAUAACAACGAUUAUGAAGACUAUAAGAACAUGGUUGGAGAAUGGGCCUUAACCGAAGACAUGGCUGACAGUACACCACCCUCCAACAAUUGCAUAUUAGGCCAUGUGCUUCAAAGAUUAAUUGAAAAAUCUAUGCCUUCUCAAGAUAAUGCAGCAGAAACUGAACUACUGUCAUAUGCUGUGAAGGGAUGCUUACUGGGGAAAACACUCAGUGGAAAAACUACUGCUCUAAAGUUUCUACAAAAAGACUUUCCUCUUCGGGUACUUUCUAUUGAUACUCUUGUCCAGGAAGCUAUCCAGGCAUUUCAUGACAGUGAACAAGCCAGUGGGAUAAAACCAUUUCGGAAGGAACAUAAAGAAGAGCCUCUACUGGACCCCAAAGAAUUUAUCAGGAAACAGGAUAAAAAUACAUUAUCACUCCCUCCAGUUUCAGGGCAAGCAGAAACACCAAAAGAAGAUGUCAACACUGAUGAAGGUGAAGAUUUCAAACCAAGCGAUAGUUUUUUAAAUCUUAGUUUGCGAGCUCAACUUGGUGCAAAAUCAGAUCAGUUGCUUAAAAAAGGAAAGAGCAUUCCAGACAUACUGCUGGUUAACAUCGUGGUAAAUGCUAUUAAUGGGAUUCCUGUGAACCAAAGCUGGGUUCUUGAUGGGUUUCCAAUGACAUUAAAUCAAGCUCAGCUCCUAGAAGAAGCACUGACAGGCUACAAAAGAAAAUGCAUGGAGGCAGAGAGAAAGAAAGCACACAUGCCCACGCUGGCCUUGGGCCCUAAACCUUCCAAAGAAACCACUCCUCUCCCAUCUGCAUUCGAUUUUGUCGUACUACUAGACAUUUCAGACAAUUCAUCACUGGAUCGCAUGAAUAAUAUCAUAGCCAAGGAACUCUCACAUGAAAUUCCUCAUGAAAAUGUUGAUCAUCAUGAAGCUACUAUAAGCCAAGAUAAUGAUGGGGACAAGAACUUAAGACACCAGAUACACCAUAGAAUUGUUGGCUUCUUGGACAACUGGCCCUUGCUGGAAGAGUGGUUUACAGAGCCACAAAAUAUUUUGACUAAAAUAAAUGCUGAAAUAGAUGAAAACCGUUUAUGCCAGAAAGUAAAAGAAAUUUUUGCUACUGAAAUAGUAAAUAAAAAGAUCAAAGUUGAAAAGAAAUUAGAAGAAAGAGAAGCUGAGAAAAAGGCAGCAGCUUCCCAGGCUGAGGCUACUACUACCACGCCCCCACUUCCUUCUGAAGCAGAAAAAGAGAAGGAGAUUCAUCUUCAUCGUGAGGCAUCAAAAGUUUCUCAUGGGAAAGGAAAGACCCAAUCAGAAAUCCAGCAUGGUAAGCAAGAAUCUCAGCAUGAAAUGAAAGGAAAGAAAGUUUCUCCUAAAGGGAAAACACCAGCAGGAAAAUCACCGGCAAAGAAGUCACCUGUUGGGUCUGCAGACACUUCAUCCACACCAACAGCACCACCACCACCUAAGCCAGGAUCAGAAGAAUGGGUCUAUGUGACUGAGCCUAUACCUGAGGAACUACCUUCAUUUUUAGUACCUUAUUGGGAACUGAUAGAGAAAUCCUACAUAAACCAUAUCAAAACAGUACUUCGAUAUCUUAGAGAAAACCAACACAGUAUCCUUUCUUAUUUAUAUGAGACUAGAACAAGUUUCCAGGAGUUUCUAAGGCGUCCAGAUCACAAGCAAGACUUUGUAGCUCAGUGGCAGGCUGAUUUCAACUCUGUUCCUGAAGACCUGUGGGAGGAUGAGGAAACAAAGUCUGAACUACACCAAAGAGUGAAUGAUCUGCGAGACCGCCUGUGGGACAUCUGUGAUGCCAGGAAGGAGGAGGCAGAACAGGAGAGGCUUGACAUCAUUAACGAGAGCUGGCUGCAGGACUCUGUCGGGAUAACAAUGAAUCACUUCUUUUCCCUGAUGCAGGCAGAAGUGAACCGUUUCCAAGAUACCAAAAGACUCCUCCAAGAUUAUUACAGAGCAAUGGAAUCCAAAAUCCCACUAGAAGACAAUAAGAAAUUUACUCGGAUACCAUUGGUUCAGCUUGAUGGUAAAGAUAUUUCAGAAAACCAGCUUAGAAUUCCUGUAGUUCCUCGAAUAUCCAGUUCUCCAGAAAAUGUUACCAUCAAACCAAAGGUGAAAGCAUUACUGAAGGGCAAGAUCGAUCCCUCCUUAGAAGGUUUGGAAUCUAACUUUGAGGUAGAUGAGAAGAUAGUAAUGGACACCUGGCAGCAGGCUUCCUUAGCCAUCUCCCACAUGGUGGCUGCAGAAGUUCAUCAAAGACUCAUAGAAGAAGAAAAAGAAACACCCCCAGUGGAUUCCAAAGAAAAGUCUCCUCAGUCGGGUACAAAUAAAAAGGCCAAGAAAGAGAAGGAGGCGCCCAAGAAGAAAAAGGCAGAAAAGAAAGGAAAAGGUAAAUCAUCACCGGUGGCAGAGGUCAGUCCCGUCACACUAUCACCCGAGGAACUAGCUGAAAUGGAAAGGAAGAAUGAACUGAAACUCAAGAUUAAGGAAGAACAUCUUGCUGCACUGCAGUUGGAAGAAGUAGCCACGCAAUUUCGACUUGAACUAAUAAAGACAAAAGCCUUGGCUGUCCUUGAAGAUUUAGUGAUAAAGGUGAUUGAUGUCUACAAGUUCAUGGAAAAAUGGCUUGGCCAGAGAUAUUUAAAUGAAAUGGCCAGUAUAGAGAAGUUGACUGAAGUAGCUCGAUACUACAUUGAAACAUCUACAAAAAUUCAAAAUGAGAUUUAUUUAAGCCAGGAAGAGUUCUACAUCAAUGGAGAUAUAAAAGUCUUUCCAGAUGCUAUCCCACCAACCCGCCCUCCACCAGUAGAAAAGGAAGAAAAUGGCACCAUGACAAUUGAACAGCUUGACAAUCUCCGAGAUCAGUUCCUCGAUAUAGCACCUAAAGGCAAAGACUCUCGAGACACUAUGAUUCCAGUCACCAAAAAGCAGAAAAAGUCACGAAAACUUUACUACUACCUCCCAGAAAGAAAUCAUCAGUUUUUGAAAAUCUGGCUGAAAAAAUACCCUUGGCUUGUAUACGAUGAGCUAUUAAACCUUAUGUUCUGUGCCCUGUGCCGUAAGCAUGGGAUAAAGUCAGGGGGAAGUCAAGUAAGUUUUUUCUACGGCACUGACAACUUCAGGGCUGAAUUUCUCAGUGCACAUCAUCUCAGCGAAGCCCAUGCCAAGGCUUCACUGAUGGAAGCAACAAGUGGUUCUCCAGUGGACAGAGCUGCCACAGAGCUGAUGGUAAGGACCAUGAGCAAAGUGACUCUUGGGAGAAUAGAGAACUUAUUUAGAUCAUGCCAUGCUCUAGCAAAGACUGGAAGUCCCCUCAAAGACUUUAUUUGGAUGUGUAAGUUGGAUGAUAUGAAGGGUGUUGAUAUAGGCCCAGUCUUCAGAACUAAUAAAUCAGCAAGAACAUUUACAUAUUUCAUUGCCGAAGUAGAAAGGAAAAAUCUCAGAGAAAAACUAGAAAGAAGUAAAUUUUUCUCUGUCAUCAGUGAUGGAAUUGUAGACACUUUAGCCCAGGAAGUCACAAUGGUCUAUGUUCAGUUUGCACAUGCAGGAAAAGUGCAAUGUCAGAUUGUUGGGGUACAGUCAGUAAAACAGAAGGACCCUUUGACAAUAAAAACUGUUAUUGAGAAAACUCUAGAGACGAAUCUGCAACUUCGGCUGUCGAGCCAAGACUGGGCAAAGAAGUUGGUUGGUUUUGGAAGUGAUGAUUCCCAUGGAAUAGAGGGGGAGAACAGAGUGGCCCUGCUUUUAAGGAAAAUACAGCCAUGUGUGCAAAGUGUGUAUUGCUUUGCACAUCACCUAGAACUAUCUUACAAAGUGGUGUUCCAGAGCAUCCCUCUGUACAAUGACCUAAAGGAACUCCUUACCAAUAUUUACCACUUCUAUCACCACUCUCCUCUUCGAAAGAGUUCUCUGAUAACUGCCUUCAGAGGCCUCCACCUUCGACCCGUGAUGCCUUCCCAGAUGAGAGGCAGACAGUGGCUUCAUGGACUACAAACUGCCCUCCAGAACUUUCUAAAAGGAUACCCAGCAAUUGUUCAGCAGCUGCGUUCAGCAGAUAAAGGCAAAAAUGAUCCAAGUCAACAGAAAGCCAAUGAACUUCUAGAUCUUCUUCUCCAAGCUGAUAUCAUCAAAUUUGCUCAUUUCUUGAUGGACAUCAUUAGUGUCCUUAGCGUUCUGUCCACUGUCAGUAAGAACAGAAAUUCUUCAAUUGCAGAUGUAUUUACCACCUUGGAGUCAACACUGCAAAUGCUCCAGAUAUAUCAAUCAAGACCAGGGCCAAAAGAACUCAGGGUGGAUUCAGCUACACACUUUCACGGUAACUGCCUCAAAGGGAAAGAAAACAUUUCUAGCGUGAGAAAGGUGGUUUUAACACAUCUUAUCAAGAGGCUGCAAGACUGUUUCAGAGAUGCCAGCCUAGAUGUGGUAAGAGCAACCAUGAUUGGAAGCUUUAAACUAUGGCCUGCAAAGAUAAAUCAAGAAUUUGGAGAAAAAGAGAUAUCCAUCCUGAUUUCACAUUAUGAACCAGUUCUAGAAGCUGCCAAUGUGAAAACUGACGAAGUAGACACAGAAUGGAGCAUGUUAAAAUUAGAAAUAUAUGGCAGAUUUAACAACAUUCGGAAGCUGACCUGGGAUUUUGUAAACUCCAUUUAUGCACAUAAGUAUCCUAAUAUCCUGAUGCUUGUUGACUUAGUUCUGGCCCUCCCUGCAAGUUCAGCAGAACCAGCACGGGGAUGUAGUCAGAUGAAGCACUCCCAUUCACACAUGGGCGAGAAAAUCAAGGCGGAAAGCUUGACAGACAUCUUAAUCAUUCAGCUGAACUCUCCGGACAUCAGCAGCUUUGACCCCAGGAAAGCUAUACAUUUAUGGAAUGCAAGAACACAAUCAUCGAUUGCUCACAUGCAAACUAACCUGGACAGUUCAUCAAGCUCAGAAAGUCAAGAUGAAAGUGAUGAGUGAUGCAACCUAUUUUGACUUUGUUACUGAUCACAGCAAGAAUAAAUAGCUUCCACAAAACUUGAAAGUAACAGCCACUCUUUGCCUCAGACACAAAAGACACAACAUUUUCUAAACAUACAAAGAGAUACACAGCAAAAAAAAAAAAUCCAGACUGAUUGUCCAACUUCGCUUCUGUGUUUGAAUGGUUUUGUUUUAAUUCUUUGGGUGAAGGUUGAUACUUCUAAGCAAUAUUUCCAUAUCAUCUGUCUGAGAUUUUUCUCAGGGUGAGCAGACUGAUGAAUUUCGUUAUCCCAGAACGUGACACACAGCUGACUCUUGUUCCUGGAUAAUCCUAAACUCUAGUGGCCGUGAGUAACUAGCCGGGCCAAACUGAUAGAAUUUUUCUUUAAAUUUAUCUCUGAACAAACUUUGUCACUGAAAUUGUUAUCAACAGUAUCUGAAACUAUCAUAUCCCUAAAUACCUUGGACAGUAUUAAAAUGGCUGUCACAUUUCUCACUAAGAUCUCCAGAUAAACAAUUCCUAUGUGCACUGAAAAUAUCCUUUUAUAACAUUUUGUUUCCUAAUGUUGCCAUUAGAACAUAACAUACUACUACCAGAAUUUUAAGUGUUUUGCUUCCCUUUGCAAUUUUAAUACACUUUAUUUGUGGUUCCAUCUUAAACAGCAUAGCUGAUUUUUUUAUAACUGAAACUCAAUGUGACAUCAUAUAAACUUUUGUUUAUAGAGAAUUCUUUUACACAGGAAAAUGUUCUCAUGGCUAACCUUAGAUGCUUCAGUGAAAUUCAAAUAAUAUAGAAUUCAUCUCAAAAUUACCUGUGGGUGGUUAAUUAUACCAAAAGAAUAAGAGUGAACUCUCGCUACUCAUCAUAUUACCUUACAAAUCUCGGAAGUAUACAUGUGAUUUGAAUCACCAACAUUUAAAGGGAUAACUGUAUUUCCCUAGAGUUUAGGAAAAAGCACUGAGGAUCAUGUGGUCUUACAGAUAUGAUGAAAACUCAGAUGUAAAAAGAAACAUCAGAACGCUAUGUCUAAUUCACCUUUGUUAUUCCUGAAAAAAGAACAGCUCUAUACAGUAUACCUGCCAAAUACCUGGAUGUAUGUAACUUGUCUCCCAUAAUUCUAGAA